AACAUGUCUGGCAGAGGGAAGGGCGGCAAAGGACUCGGAAAAGGAGGCGCCAAGCGUCACCGUAAGGUUCUCCGCGACAACAUCCAGGGCAUCACCAAGCCGGCGAUCCGCCGUCUAGCUCGCCGUGGUGGAGUUAAGCGGAUCUCCGGUCUGAUCUACGAGGAGACCCGCGGAGUGCUCAAGGUGUUUCUGGAGAACGUGAUCCGUGACGCCGUCACUUACACCGAGCACGCCAAGAGGAAGACCGUGACCGCCAUGGACGUGGUCUACGCUCUCAAGAGGCAGGGCCGCACUCUGUACGGCUUCGGCGGUUAAACCAACGGUGAAUCGUUCACAACCCAAAGGCUCUUUUAAGAGCCGCCCAAAUCAAUCAAAAGCUCUUAUUUUCAAUUAAAGGUGAAACUAUCUUAUGGAAGCAGCAUUGAACUUGUGAAGCUCAAGGUUAGAAAGCAAGGUUUAACUGGGACUAGAUGUGAUUUGUCAUGAAACAUGGCACACAAUGUGCUUUUUACGGAUUAGAUAAACACUUGGAAAUGUGGAAUUGGGUUGAUUGGUAUUAAACUGUCAAGACACAAACUGUAGACCUGAGAUCUCCCCCAAUCCACAAAUAUUUCUGCAGGUGGCUGUCUGUUCACAAUGACCUUAUACUUGCAUAUUUGAACAUGAAUCUAUGGUAUUCAGAGUUUCUCUGAUCAUCAGAAUCAACUUCAUCCCCUUAAAACACAUGCUUUCUUGAGUUGUUGGAAUUACUUGCUUGACUUCUUUCCUUUAUUUUCCCAAUCAAUACAAGAUGGUGCGAGCAGUGUCCCUAAAUGUGGUUAAAAGCACCACGGCAGUUAUCUGCACACGGGGGGCUAAGAGGUCAACCACCAUUUUCUUUUUCCUGUCAGAAGCAAUUUGAUUUCAAUACAUAAAUGUAUUUUUUUUAUACCAUUUCACCCAUUUUAAAAUUGACUGAUUUUCACAAAC